CGAGAAGCGCUUUUGUACGCGAGAGUGGCGUGUAGAGGAGCGAGUUCCACUGGGAGCUCCAGACCGGCUGUGCGCGAUAAAGGCAUUGCAGCAGAUCAGCUGCUGACCGAGUGGACAAACCAGAGAUAAAAAAAUAAAUAAAAAAAAAAAACACACAAAAAAACAAAAAUUGGGCUUCGCUGCAACCACCGUCUAUCCGAUCUACUGUUUGAUUUUCAAACGCGCGUGGAUCUUUGCAACUGAGGGCGCCUGCAUGUAAUUUUUUAGGUUUAAAUUGUUUUAAAAAGCAGAAGUUCAGAAGUUGGCGUGUUACUGCUAGUGCAGGGGAUUCGUUUCUGUAGGAAUGUCGCACAAGGAGAGACCCACUUUUUACCGACAGGAGGUCAACAAAACAAUCUGGGAAGUCCCGGAGCGGUAUCAGAGUCUGUCUCCGGUUGGGUCUGGUGCUUACGGAACAGUAUGCUCCUCCACUGAUGUCACAUCAGAACUCAAGGUGGCUGUAAAGAAGCUUUCCAGACCUUUUCAAUCCAUCAUUCAUGCAAAGAGGACUUACAGAGAGCUGCGUCUGCUGAAACACAUGAAACACGAGAAUGUGAUUGGACUAUUGGAUGUUUUCACACCUGCAACAAGCCUGGAAGAAUUCAAUGAUGUGUACCUGGUGACCCACCUGAUGGGAGCAGAUCUGAACAACAUUGUGAAAUGUCAGAAGCUCACAGACGACCACGUGCAGUUUCUAAUCUACCAGAUUCUCCGAGGUCUCAAGUACAUACAUUCAGCUGAUAUAAUUCACAGAGAUCUGAAACCCAGUAAUUUGGCAGUAAACGAGGACUGCGAACUGAAGAUUCUGGACUUCGGUCUGGCCCGUCACACGGAUGAUGAGAUGACAGGCUAUGUAGCUACGCGAUGGUACAGAGCCCCUGAGAUCAUGCUGAACUGGAUGCACUACAACCAGACAGUUGAUAUUUGGUCGGUCGGGUGCAUUAUGGCCGAGUUGCUCACUGGAAGGACCCUGUUCCCCGGCACAGAUCAUAUUGAUCAGUUGAAGCUAAUAAUGCUGCUCGUCGGGACCCCAGGGUCAGAGCUCUUGAUGAAAAUAUCUUCAGAGUCUGCCAGAAAUUACAUUAACUCUUUGCCUCACAUGCCAAAAAGGAACUUUGCUGAUGUGUUCAUUGGAGCCAAUCCAACAGCUGUCGACCUCCUGGAGAAGAUGCUGGUUCUGGACACGGAUAAGAGGAUCACGGCAGCCGAAGCGCUGGCACACCCCUACUUCACACAGUACCACGACCCGGAUGACGAGCCGGAGGCAGAGCCCUACGAUCAGUCCUUCGAGAGCAGGGAGCUGGAGAUCGAGGAGUGGAAGAGGCUAACCUAUGAGGAGGUGAUCAGCUUUGAGCCGUCUCCUUUUGAUGCAGAUGAAAUGGAGUCUUGAGUUGUUGAAGUGCUGCUGUUCUUUCACACGCGUUUCGUUUUCCUGUCGCACUGCAAGGACUUUCUCCCUUGCCGGACAUCUUCUAAACAUCAUUCAAGUGCCUGCUGUGUGUCAGCUCUGUCUGGGUUAAAGGGUUCAGAAGGUUUCUAUACAGCUUGGACUGGGUUCUUCCUGCUUGUGGGUUAAACACUUGGCUUCUGUUUCAGGACUGGGACAAAGUAUUUUAUUUUGUAUUUUUGUUGUUUUCUACCAUAAACUUCAACUAAAGGUUUUACAGUAGAGAGAAUGAUUAGUUUAUAUAUUUUUUAAAUGUAAUUGAAUUCGGUCAUCUUUAAAGGCUGAUUAGUUGCUUUCUGAUGGAGCAUGGCAGAGAUGAACACCUACAGUAAUUAGGCGGUUCCUUUACCAUCUAAUGGUGUUUUAUUUGGAAAGAGCCGGAGUUGCAAAUAAGAUUAGAUACCAUGCCAGUAGAUAUGGCAAUCUGUGUGACUUGUGUAAUGUGCACCACACCAGGAAUGUGGCUCUGAACACAGUAAUACACCACAGCAGUAAUACUGUACUUCGAUCUCUAGAAGAUGAUAUAUCCUGUUCUGGUAUGCAAGCCAGUUCAUACUGGUAUUGUGUUUUUAUGAUUUUGCGCUGUUUGGAAUUGAAACAGUAUUAUAAAUUGAAUGCACGUGAAAUACUUUGCAGAAUAGUGCUAGGACCGAUCUUAAAUUGCAGUUUGGAGGGAGUUUAUUUUUUUAAAUGCAGAUGAUCAGAUUAAAGGGUAAAUGGUAGAAGGAAACGUGCGUGUGUGUGAUUGUUGUGUUUUUUUUUUAUUUAUUUAAAUAUUGUGCAGUUCAUCCUAAACAGACUCAUUCUCAUGUCUGAGGUUUCCAGUUAAAUUCUGAUUUUAGAACUGUGAGAGGGAGCAAGAGAGAGUAAUCUUUGUUAAGGAAUAUGCUGUUUUCAAAGUAAAACAAUUUGUCCCAGUUUCUUUUUUUUGUGUGUUUUACCAUGUCUGGUCACUGUGACUGUGUUCAGUAUUUUCUAUGUUAAGCUUUUGCCAGCACUUGUAAUUCAGAUGUUUGUAAGCCUUCAUAUCAAUGUAAUAGUGCAUGCCCACUGUACACAGACCUGAGGAGCCCUCUUGUAAUCGUGCAUGCACACUGUGUACACAGACCUGAGGAACCAUCUUGUAAUAGUGCAUGCACACUGUACACAGACUUGAGGAGCCCUCUUGUAAUCGUGCAUGCACACUGUGUACACAGACCUGAGGAGCCAUCUUGUAAUUGUGCAUGCACACUGUGUACACAGACCUGAGGAGCCCUCUUGUAAUCGUGCAUGUACACUGUGUACACAGACCUGAGGAACCAUCUUGUAAUAGUGCAUGCACACUGUACACAGACUUGAGGAGCCCUCUUGUAAUAGUGCAUGCACACUGUGUACACAGACCUGAGGAGCCCUCUUGUAAUUGUGCAUGCACACUGUGUACACAGACCUGAGGAGCCCUCUUGUAAUCGUGCAUGUACACUGUGUACACAGACCUGAGGAACCAUCUUGUAAUAGUGCAUGCACACUGUACACAGACUUGAGGAGCCCUCUUGUAAUCGUGCAUGCACACUGUGUACACAGACCCGAGGAGCCAUCUUGUAAUUGUGCAUGCACACUGGGUACACAGACCUGAUGAACCAUCUUGUAAUUGUGCAUGCACACUGUACACAGACUUGAGGAGGCCUCUUGUAAUGGUGCAUGCACACUGUGUACACAGACCUGAGGAGCCCUCUUGUAAUCGUGCAUGUACACUGUGUACACAGACCUGAUGAACCAUCUUGUAAUUGUGCAUGCACACUGUACACAGACUUGAGGAGGCCUCUUGUAAUGGUGCAUGCACACUGUGUACACAGACCUGAGGAGCCCUCUUGUAAUCGUGCAUGUACACUGUGUACACAGACCUGAGGAACCAUCUUGUAAUAGUGCAUGCACACUGUACACAGACUUGAGGAGCCCUCUUGUAAUCGUGCAUGCACACUGUGUACACAGACCUGAGGAGCCCUCUUGUAAUCGUGCAUGCACACUGUGUACACAGACCUGAGGAGCCCUCUUGUAAUCGUGCAUGCACACUGUGUACACAGACCUGAGGAGCCCUCUUGUAAUGGUGCAUGCACACUGUACACAGACCUGAGGAGCCCUCUUGUAAUCGUGCAUGCACACUGUGUACACAGACCUGAGGAGCCCUCUUGUAAUAGUGCAUGCACACUGUACACAGACUUGAGGAGCCCUCUUGUAAUCGUGCAUGCACACUGUGUACACAGACCUGAGGAGCCCUCUUGUAAUCGUGCAUGCACACUGUGUACACAGACCUGAGGAGCCCUCUUGUAAUCGUGCAUGCACACUGUGUACACAGACCUGAGGAGCCCUCUUGUAAUAGUGCAUGCACACUGUACACAGACCUGAGGAGCCCUCUUGUAAUAGUGCAUGCACACUGUACACAGACCUGAGGAGCCCUCUUGUAAUCGUGCAUGCACACUGUGUACACAGACCUGAGGAGCCCUCUUGUAAUUGUGCAUGCACACUGUACACAGACCUGAGGAGCCCUCUUGUAAUCGUGCAUGCACACUGUGUACACAGACCUGAGGAGCCAUCUUGUAAUAGUGUAUGCACACUGUACACAGAUCUGAGGAGCCCUCUUGUAAUCGUGCAUGCACACUGUGUACACAGACCUGAGGAGCCUCUUGAGCGUGAGCCAGGGUGCACCUCUCGCUUUAUCUUAGAAACGUUUGUUAUUUGAAAGUAAACCCUUUUAUUAUUAUUAUUAUUAUUAUUAUUAUUAUUUAUUAUUAUUAUUAUUAUUAUUAAUUAAAUAUUAGCAGCGGUUUGAAGAACCUGAAACUUCAUUUUGGGGUGGGAAAUAGAAAGAGAGACCAAAAAUCUAACAUUGCAAACAGAGAAGCUGAAUGCAUUUCUUUAUAUAAACUGGUGAAGCGAUUUAAGGAAAGAGUGCUUUGCUUGUUUCCACGAUCACGCACUUUCACCGUACCCUCUCCCAGGCUACGGGACAGGUCUGGUGGUCUGCUUCUCAAGUGAUUGUUAGACUGGAGGGGUUGAGAGGUACCUUGUACUCCACCAGUGCAGAACAGCAGGCUCUUAUGUGAGUGCUAGGACUGGAGUUCACAGCCCUUGCAGAUGUGUCUCCUCAGUUUGGACACGAGACACACCCAAUCCCAGCAAAAUCCGUUCAGGUAUAAAUAGAAUUAUUGCAAAGUGCAGUUCAGGAUGCACGUAGCUAGAUCAGUUAUUUGGGGAGGGAGGGUAGUUUUUAUUGUGUUUUCAUUAUAAGAUGUCCUUUACUCGAUCCUAUAAAGCAAUAUCUCUGACGAGCAUGUCUUUUCUUUUGGUGUGUGUGUGUGUGUGUAUGUAUACGGGAUUUGGAAUGGGAAUGUGAAAUGGUGCAAAUGUAAAAUAAAAUAAAAAAAGUUAAAAUACAAUAAAAUGAAAGUUAGCAUAACAUAUUUAUAAAUGGGUGCAUCAUCACAAGUGUUUUUUUUUUUUUUUUUAAGUUUUUUAAUACACUUCCAUUAUACAGAGAUUCAAAUUCCUGUUCUAUUGUGUGCUCUUAACGAUUCGUCGUUGUGUUAAGUGAUGCAGUCUAGAGUAACCGUGCAGUACCACUGUUUCAGACAAAAUAAAGGCAAUUAUUUUUCA